AUGGUACUGCUGUUCCGUUUUAAAUCGCUUCCGGCUGUCAACAAGUCCUUGAAUAACAGUGGUCCUUCGCGGAUGGCGGUGUAUCUGACUUCCUUUAGACUUUUGGUCGUAUGUUGUGCCCUUAUUUACCAUGUAUUAGGAGCUAAUCAAACGUUUCUUUCAGGUAAGUUAACUGCCUAUCUUCUUUGUAGUAAAAGCAGCUAUUGCUUUUGUUCGAGAUAAAGAAAAGACACAAGUAAUUCUGUGAAAGCUCCACAUUUGCAUUGGCAGAACUGAUAUAUCCGCGUGCGGUGCUUAUUUGCAAGUUUCAUAGUUUCAAAUAAUAGCCAAAUCCUUUUAUUCAUUUAAGUUCGAGCCCCACAGAAAUAUCUCAUAGAAGGUAAAACUCUUAAACUGAGUUGUAAAAUCCACGGCACGCCACUGUUCGCCAGCCGAGUUUCUUGGAAGCACAGCAGAGAUUGGCUUCACAAUCAAACCAAACGGGAAGUAGGAGCAGUGAGGCUUACCCUCGAAAGAGUUUCGCGUCAUCAAGAAGGAAUUUACCAGUGCGGUGUAUACAAUUUUUCCGGGCUCAGCUCCACCGAAGCAAUUCCGGCAGACGCAAAUGUGACACUCUUUGUAGGAGGUGAGAAUGAUAACCUACAAAAUAUCACGUAAUUAAAUGGUAUCGGUGCUCAUAGCUAUGGAAUAACUCCAUUCAUCCUUUAUAAAACAGAUAGUCCUUUAAACAUAUUGGUUGCUACUCUGGGUUUUGGAGGUUUGCUUAUCAUUAAGUUUCACUUUUGGUUUGUUUUCUUAAGGAAUGAAUUUUGAAAACAUAUUCGUAUGGCCCAAUACUAUUUCAAAGCAAAUCGGUAGUCCCAAAGGAGGUCAAUCGUUUUCGCUAUUGUUUUCUUUUCCAAGAACUGUAUGGGGCUGUGCGGAAAUCUUUCCUUAAAGUUUGAUGGACAAUAGCAUGUAGUUUUAAAUCAACGCCGGGAUUAAAUGGCAGGCAGCUAGUCAAGAUUUUGAAACACUUAAUGAACAGUAGUCCUGCACUUUUGGUGAAUUCAGUUGACAUCAAAUAAACCCAGCAUAUUUAAGGUACGAUAGGGUGGUCGCGAAAUGCUGUGUAGCGAUCCUGAACACCGUUUAUAGAACAUAGAUCUAAUGCUUCGCUCAGAUUACGAAAUAAUGGUUUGUGACACUUGGUAUGUGUUUGAGUGCGACUUCUGAUCAAGGUUUUCCACACACUAAAUGACUGGAUGUCCUACACCACUGGUAAAUUUGACAAAUCAGAGGAAGUCAGCCAAUCUAAACAGGCAUAUGUCGGUUAUGAAGUGCCGAAUACUUCUGAUGACCUUAACAGAUCUCAAACGCAAGACUUGGUUUAUAUUGCCUACAGAGCACAGAAACCAAGUUUGUCUUACAAAAUUUGUUAGAGGUUACCAUCACAGUGUCAUAGUUUGUCUCACAAAAUUGUUGGAGGUUGCCAGCUAGUCAAGGUUUACAAACCAGUUAAUGGCCAGGAACUAAAUAUUUUUGAUAGAUCAGACAAAUUAAAGAAAUUUAUGCCUAUCCAAAGUACUGUAUGUUGGUUAAGGAUUCCUAAGUGAUCCUGAAGAGCUCCAUGAAACUCAAAUUCAACCCUUGGUACACAGUACAUAGCCUAGGGGACACUUAAACUAUGACUUCCUAACUAGUGAAUUUCUUAUGUUCAAAAUUAGUAUAGCUAAUACUAAAUAUAUGUCCAACUAAGAGGUAGUUGUUUUCCUGUCUGCAGGGCCAAUCCAUAGGCCAGUAUGUGAAUCAAGUGAUCAUGCAUUUCCUGAUUUUAAGGACUUGCUUCAUUGGAAUGCACUGGUUGACUAUCAAGGUGUUCAACGGCCUUUCACCUACCAAAUUUUUUACUGCAAUUUUUCAUGUUUACGUCCUCCCAGACGCUACAGCAUUUUCAGAGGCUGUCCUAUAGUCCCAAAGUCAAGUAUUGGAAUAGUCAUGGAAUGCAAUCUUACAUCCCUCUACAAAAAAGUAUUUCCGAAGCUGUUUAGUGGCAGUAAAAAUAUCCGUGGUCUAAGAAUUUCUUUGGCCAUUGGUAUAGCAAAUAUGGAUGAUGAAAUCAUUAGUCGACCAGUCGGGUGUACUGUGUACCGUCCAGGUAUAUAUAGAUGAUAAAAAACUGUUAACAUUUUUUAAAAAGACAUUAAAAAAAUAUAUAUUUGUGGGCAAUGCAGAUGCAUAAUGACUGUUAAUAUAAAUUGUACCUGUAGUGACAGUUAUUUUUCAAAUAGCUCAUUAGCAAAGACAUGAUUGUUUAUUGGAAAACUCUACAUUGUUUAUCAAUAUCAGACCAGAGGUAAGGUGGUUAGAUUUUGAUUUUAAGGCAUUUGUUAUAGUGCAAGAGGUCUGACAAUCCAAUUAUUUAGAUGAAUUGUAUUACCCUUUCGACCCAUGUGGCCCAACACUCAGUCAAUAAGGGCAUGGUAUAUUAUGCUUAUUGUACUUAUUAUUCACCUAUUCAAAAAUUGUUCUGUUUCAAGUGAAUAUCAGUGAUCUCUGUCAAUAUUUUGUUUUACCAGUGAAGUGUACAAAACCAGCAAACAUACGUUUAAACAACUCAACAGCAGGUCAACUGACAUUGAUAUGGGAUCUCCCAAAAGAUGUGCCACAGGAUUAUCAGAGUAAUCUGAUUUAUUGGAUUCGUGUAGUAGGUAGUGGACAUGGAGUUGGUGAUUUUCCUAAACUUAUUAAGGUAACUUGUGAUGAUUAACUCCUAAACUCUAAAGAUCUGAUUGUUAAUUCUCCCUUCAUUCUCCUAUACAUUUCCUUGUAAACUGAUUACAAGUAUUUGGUGUUAGAACAAGAUAACAACUGCCACCUGAUAAGUUUGAGUAUCCUCAUUACCUGUUUGCUGGAUAAUGUGUGAAUAUUAUGGGGAGAAGUUACCUUUUAAUCCGUUUUGAGAGUUAAGGGUUUAAAUAAAUGAUGACUUGAAAGUUUUUAACCCUUUAAACCCUGACAGUGACCAGCAUAUAAUUUCUCCUUACAGUAGUAUUGCUAAGUUAUUAAUUAAGAUCAUGAGAAUAAAGGAAAUGAUGGCAAACCUUUGGUUUUAAAACAAACUCUCUUUAUCAGUGCUAAAAGAAAUGUGUAGAGGACAGUAUAGAGAACUUAAAUACUGAUGUUAAGGUGUAAAAGGUUGAAAUAACCCUCAGCUAUGAAACUUCUCUUACCACCAAAAGGUUGCAUCUAUUCAAAGUUAUCAUAAGAAAUUUAGGGAUUAAUUAAGUAAUUGCUGAGUUAUAAGUCAGAAUGUUUCCAUCUUAAACAUUUUAAAGAAAAAAUGUUUGAGAGACUUGCUUGCAACCAAGGAAAGACAUCCUCAAUUGUUCUAACAAAUCUGUAACACUUAAUAGGAAGUAACCCAUAAGACCUUAAUAUCAGUAAGCAUAUUUUCCAUACUGUUCUCUAUACAUUUCCUUGGUGCUGACAAGGAGAAUUUGUUAAAAAGUCAAGAACUUCUUUAGUUGGAGGUCAUUUUCUUUAUUCUCGUGACCUAAAAAGUGUGAUUUGAUGAUGAUACUGUAAGGAGAAAUUAGAUGCUGGUCACUCUCUGGGGUCAAAGGGUUCAAAUGCCUUCACAUAAAUAGGCUAUUCAUUUCUGUUACAAAAUAUUUGUUAAUGAAUUUCUCUCAGUCCUUUUCACACAAGAAUAAGUCGAGGUAUUGGAGACCAAUAUUGCUUUGACUUUCAGUUUUUUCCCUCCAAUUGGUAUUUUCAAUUAUGCACCUGUAUGUGUCAGAGACUUUGAAUGAUUGAAAAUCUAUCAUUAUGAGUUCCAAAAUGAUAAAUCAUAUUGAAUCCUUAUGAAGUAAUUAUUAGUUAUGGAGUACAAUUUUAAAAGAUAAUUACUGUUAGUAAUACAAGUUAUUGUUAACUAAAGUAGCUUUAGGUCAAAUUGUAUAUUAACCGUCACUUUUAUUGAAUAAAGGUGAUAGGAAAAAAUUAUUCAAGUGAGACUAUAAGAAGAGACAUCAGUGGUCUACACCCAUAUACCUGGUAUCAUAUCUACAUCUCUUGCUCAAUUGUGGCCUCAAAUGCUUCUCGUGGAGAAGAAGUGGGUCCUUUCUCAGCCAGGACAAGGGAAGAAGGUAAUGAUGACCACAGGUUUGUUCUUUACCUCUCACAUAGGAACAGAGGUAGCCUAUUAGCACUCCCUAACUAUUGGCACCUCGACACAAUCGUUUCUCUCCCUGCUAGAAAUUAUAAGACCUUUAGCUAAACGAACUGGGGAGAGGUCUUCCAAGGGUCUAGCACUGAAAACUGCCAGACCCCAGCAAACAUCUGCCCGACUUGCCUCAAACCUUCCCGUACGUGCCCGAGAAACGUGCAUCCUGCAGAGCUCACAAUGAAGGCCUGCAUGCAGCCCAGGACACAAAUGCGGUGGAAUUUGAUCCGGAAGGUUUGUAAAUAAGAUGCUAGAACUGCAAUUGAAAUGAUAAAAUUUUGGAGGGCUGUGUACAAAACUUGAUAACUGAAAGGUAGUGUAAGCAAACCAAAGAACAUGGAAAAAAUAAAAAAAAGCAGCCUGUUACUCACAUGUUCAUUUUCUUUUCCUUCAUCGCAGCACCCAGCGCACCUCCUAAACUCUCGGAAGAUGUCACAAAUACAACACUGCAUGGACAGUACAGAGAUGUGAUUCUUCAUUGGAAGGUACGUGUUACAAGUACGUGGAUUUUUCUGCACUAUGUGUUCACGUGUUGAAAAUUACUCUCGGAUUAGUAAAUCUAAUUAUUGAGCAAAUUCCUUAAAAUUUGACUCUAGACUAGAUUAGAGGUAAUGAAAUACUUACAGACAGGACCCUUUGUUAUUAAUUUCAUUCUUUGACUUUUGUUUAUUAGUUCAUGGAGGUCACAAGUCGGAUUAGUUUUUAUAUAUUAAUCACUUCCAUGUACUGCUAGAUUGUAACCUAAAACACAUAUAACUUAAGUUGUUUAUGUCACCUUCCGCUAAUACAUUUACCUAUUCCUUUUUUUCUUUUUCUCGACUGUCUUAUUUCAUUAUACAUGUAGAUGUGAUUUCGCUCCUCUGCCUUUUCUAUCGUACCUCUGUCUGUUUGCAUCUUGGCUUAUUUGUAUGUGUUUGUUUCUCUGUGUGAUAAACGUACCUCUCACCAACCGAAAUAAAACAAUUUCAAACAAACUUUUGAAUUUAGCGGGCUGUACAGUGAAAUGUGGCUCCCUAAAUUGACCAGUCGUAAGGGAUGUGCACAUACUAUGUACUUUUCGACUUUGUGGGAGGGCCGGACGGGAAAAUAUUUAUCUGACCAAUCGCAGCGGCUGUGCACAUUCUAUGUACUUUUCGACUUUGUGGGAGGGCCGAACGGGAAAAUAUUUAUCUCGAAGUCAUGACCUACGGACCGAGUGCAGCGAGGUUCGUGCACCAUAACAGAGAGGCAAACUUUUCCCGUUCGGCCUGACCAAACUCAGUCCAUAAGCAAUUCAUCAUAUUACCAACGAAUGUUGAAAAUUUCGUUUCAACGUCGAUAGUAAGCAAUAGACGGGUUAUAUGAUAACAAAUAUUAGUGUGCUCUAAAAAUUGCUAGCCGUCUCCUUCCCUCUUUAUUUCGAAUUCUAUGUCAAUUUUUAUACUUCUUCAUCCUUGUUGGUCAACUGGAACAUCGCUAACUCAGGUACAUGAAUUUUCACUUCACAGCUUCCGGACAAUGGCACAUGGAAUGGGGAAAUCACUCACAUUGUGCUGCUUUAUUGGAUAGCAGACAGUAGCGUCACUGAAGCUAAUAGUAGUUUGGUUGUGUUUAGCAAUGUUUCUAUGACAACCGGCACCUUAAGAAUGUUACGCCAGGAUGAGGUGUAUGAGGUGACGGCAAAAAUAUGCACCAGCGCGGGGUGUGGCCCUCCCAGCCAAUCGGUUUUCAUACGAAGACUGGAUCACGCAGGUUUGUUCUCUUUGAGAAGCUUGUAGAGUUCUUCUCUUAAUAAGUCAUCCAGUUGUAUGGAAGAGCGAAAAAUGUGUUAGUUGAAAGAUAGAUAACACUUUCUAUCGGUUUACCAGCGUAGUAACCCACGUGGAAUGUUGGGAGAACAAGGGAAAAGUUGUUAGAUCGCUCGUGUGCUGGUUAUCUUCCAACUUCUCUCGUGUCCUCCCAAACUCCCAAGUGGGUUAAUACGCCGGUAAACUAAUAUUGCUUUGAUAAAAUAAAUUUCAAUGUUCUAUGGGUUUACUUUUGCUUUCGAUGAUAGUUUUCUGACCAAUCAGGGUGCUCGUACUAUCUCGGGUAUUUUAUGAUGGUCCAUAUAGUUCCAUUUUUGUUAAUAAUGAGCCCCGUUUAAAAAAAAAAAAACCAGUGUGGGUUCGGCUGGGAAAAAAAACGGCGACAUCAAAAUGCUUUACCGAGUGGGUUACAAAUGAUACUUUCGUAGAAUGGGGACAGUAGAAGAAGGAAACUCGUUCUUCUGAUCAUUCAAAUGCUACAUAUACUUUAUAAAAAAAGAAACAGCGGGGGCAAAAGCGAGGGAAAUCAAACACGGAUUUAAUUUUGCUUGGUAAAUUUGGAGAGAAAAAAUGUAACAUUCUGCGGUCUCUUACGAGUAUUUGUCACGGUGUUUUUUUUAGAUGGAACCCAUGUUCCACGUACGGAGGAACAAGGAGAUAAGUAUUACAUCAUUGGUGUCGCGUUAGGGUUGCUGCUCUGUGUUGGAUGUUUAACUGUGAUAGCCUAUUAUUGGCUAAGGUACGUUACUCUAUGUGCUUUUUUAAAGAAACGGUAGCGUCAACGGAAAAAAUCACCUUUAUAUUUUUUGCACUCCUACCCUCGCAUGUGUGAAUACGUAUUGAAAACUCGAACAACAAGCUGUCGUGGCGGAUGGCUGUGUACCGUAGUCUGGUUUGCUCGGUACCCAAGAACAGAGUAGUCGUUUGAAGGAGGGUGGGAGGGGAGGGAGGGAUUGGCGGGGAAUUCUAUGGUGGGUUCAUGAAGUGUUUACUUGAAAAAAUUCGCCCAGGCUCUUGCAAGUUUGACGAGAACACAUGUAGGAACUGAUGUUUAAACCCCUUAACCUCUUAAAAUAAGUGCUGGAUAAUUGGCUGUACUGUGACUCUUGGCAUGCUGUUGGUGAAUACAGCUCUAGAUAGUGCACAAAAUAAACUUGAGUUUGGGAAUCGAUUCCUUAGUUAUCACUCACAGUGAUAUUUUCUUUCAUUAUUUUCUGGUUGUUUUAAUGAUAACAAGCGUAUCUUAACAGGAAACGUAGAAGAGAACGCGUACCACGGCUCGGAAGUGUCCUUGGAAAAUUACCGGUAAUCUCUAAUCUUGUUUCAAUUUCUUUUUUUGAUUUUGAAAAUGGGUUUAUCUCUGUGAGGCUUUCGAUCAAUUAUACACUUGAAAAAUCCGCUGUUUUAUCGUAGAACUGAAAGGAGCUUUUCAGUAUCUCAAAAUGGCGCUUUUAGUGAGUGCACUUCGCUGAAUUCGCUGUUAUUUUCUCAAUCAAAACUAUAACAAAAUUCUCGAACGUGAUUUGUUAUCACCAGCUUAAUUUGGGCUCGAAUAGGAUAGUGUACGCGUCAUGCUAGUAAUUGGACAGUGUAAUAGGACAGUUAACGCGUCGUGCCAGUGUAAGUGGACAGAUGGCGUCAUGUGCGUACGCUCUUAUCUUGCAUUUCGCCGGGUUAACUGUUGUUGUUUUUCUUAUGAAAAUCGUAAAACCGAUGUCUAGUUUCUAUCUCAAAUUUGUAAUAGUUUGGAUUAAUUUGUAACAGGGGAGGUUGUCCAAUUCGGUCUGUAAUCAAACUAGUGAUUAACAAAUCACUAGUAUGAUUACAGACCGAAUUGGCUUCCACUUAGUCCCAUUCGCAUCACUAAUUGCGGUGCUUUUGUACAUCGUGCAAACAUCCAGGAAUAGCCCGCCAUGGUUUCCAUUAUUAUUAUUCGUUUAAGUCCGACUUUUCUACUCAAUGUAUCUUUGGGUCUAAAGUGGAAAACCUUCUGACGUGACUUGCCAGUAUGGCUGCCGGAGCCAAUCCCGGGAAGGACUGUUACUUGCAGAAUGCUUUCCACUUUCUCUUUGUAUUGCUUAUUUCAGUUGAGUCGCCCGAGUAAUGUGUUGUAAAACUCCUAGCAUUUCGUUAAUGUUCUCGUGUAAGCUGAUAAGCAAUGAUCUAUAUCCCUGUGGGGAAGGGCACUAGGAAGGUGCAGUGUCUUAUCGCUUCCCUUAGCUGUUUGUUUUCACAAGAUUUACAUUGUCUCCGACGUACAAAAAUGCGCGUAAAAGAAUUGCUAAAGAGAGCUUUAGAUCCACGUUUGGUGUGUUCACCGCUAACAUCAAACCGCGGUCAGCAGUUUGUGGUUAGACGUUAGAAGUUUCGAGACUUUUAGUUUUUUUAGAUCGACGUGGGCUUUCACCUGAAAAAAAUCAACAAGUGGAUGAAGGUCCUUCAUUUCAAACACGUAAUGUGGCUAAAAGAUUGGUUUCCUAGCGUCCCAAACGGAUUGAUAAUAAAAAAAGACUUCACCUCGUAUAUGUUUAUAGGAGAAAAUUCGAACAGGAGGAAAAAAAGCGUCGAGGGAGUUCACAUACCUGAAACUGCCUUGCCCGAAGUUCAAAGGAAGAGGAAGUCGAUCACGUCCAUCUCACCUUUACCUUUCUCCUUGUCUGCCUUCUCCUUUGAUGACCUAAAACUCAAGGUCUUCCCCAAAUUCAUUGAUCAAAACAGGCUCAAAGUUGUGCAUAAACGAGACAUGCCUAAUCGGGUCACCAUUAAAUGGCAUACACUCCACUUCAGGAGUGGAAACAACUUGACGUGGAAUUUCUUCUCCGCUUCCUUGCCUCGACGCACUAGUCCCUUGAGGUGAAUGCUGUACUGGGUGUGUCGACAUGAAACUGAACAGACUCAUAACUAUUAAUCUGGUGUGUUAAUGGUAAAUGUUCUUGGUUAGACCUGGUGCGUUCAUUGGGUUCGUGAGCUCCAGGUCUUCUUUGUACUGUGUGGUCCAAUUUCCUAACCACAAAUUUGAUAAGCAUACAUAUUAGGGGAGAAAUUGUGUAUAGGCAUUAACAUUUUCACUUUUUCAUCAGAUUUCAGAGCGUCGUGGGUGGCACUCAUGGCUAAUAAAAUCAUGAAUAUUUUAGAUUGAAAAGACACUAAAGACACCCCGCACCACAACUUAAGAAUUACCCACAAGUAGUUUCUUCAAAACUACGAAUAACUUCUAAGUGAUUGUCAGUGGUUAUUGCAUUUCUCAACCAGCUGGGAUAACGAUUUAAAUCGCGAGCUCUUACAUCGGCAUGUUAUAUGCAUGAUCUAACACAUUGUCAUUUUGUAUCCUAGCCUCCUCCUUUAAUUCCGUGUGGGAGCGAUACUGGACCUGAAAAUAGAGAGGACAACCACGUUUAUGACACAACAAUUUCGCCUCUGCUCAUAGGUGACAAGAACGAGUACGUACAAAUUAAAACCUCUAAGCCUGCGCCGAUUACUUUGAUGAGGUCAGAGCUCGACACAGAUGAUGUUUAAAGUUCUCAUGAAGUUUGAUAGAGCAUAGAGCGCUUCAUUUCCAGUUCUAUCUCUCUCACACUUCCACGGAGCCUCUGAAGUAAACUUCCGCUCAACGCAGGGAAUUUACACCACCAAAGAAAUUCAUAAAUAAGAAGCAGUAGUAUGGAACCUUAAAUGAGUUCACUUAUCACUAAUGUAAUUCCCUUCCUCAAGUCUGUCUCCCACGCGCUUUUCUGCGAGUCUAGCUUGUAAUUGAAUAUUACUGGUAAUCUGGUCGUUUAGGAACUUUUGAACUGGGCAAUUGGUACUCUGAACCAAAUUUUUUUACUGUCUAUCCAGUUCUAGAUUGAUGCACACUCGUAUGAAGAGCUUUUCACUUUUCGCUACCGUACUCAAUUCGGCAACCUCUAAAAACCGCUUAUCUCUUUCAUCUCCAUGAUUGCUGAUUAUGGCACCGAGUGCUUAUUUUUGAGAUCG